CCAUCCUAGAUCCUAGAUUGCCGGGGGCGUGCAGGCAUCCCCACCGACUUCUUUUGAGAACUUAUUUUCCCUCCAUCCUCACUUUCGUGUGUUUUUGGGGUGGGGCUAGCUGUGGAGGAGUGCCCAAGGUUCUUGAUCAAUGAGAUCCUGGCCGCUGAAAGGAGAAGAGCACACGCUGGGAGAGCUCUCGUGAUAGAGAGAGAGGGAGACGCGCACACACACUGUUCACAGAUCAGCUCCUGCACAAACAGAGAUACAGGGAACUCCAGUCAAACCACUCCACUCCAAACAACAACCUGCAAAGAUAAACAACAGAAGAACCAUCUGAUCUUUUCAACAUCCACCCUCCCAUUGGGACCCAACUCAUGAAGCAGCCCAGGGAGGUCCUCUGCUGAUUCAGUGAUGGUGGUUCUCAGAGGAACACCAGGAUGGACGUUGCUAUCAUGGCUGCUUGUGGGACUGGUUCAACCAUCCCAGGGGUCGCUUGUGAAGACCAACCUGGGUCUGAGAGUGAAGAGGGGCCGGUCAGCCUCCCUCCAGGAGGGGGACCUCCAGUUCCUUAUCCCCAAUAAGAAGGACGCGUGCAAGGUGGAGGUGGUCCUGAAUGAGCCAAUCACACAGCGAGUGGGGACACUCUCGCCACAGGUCUUUGACUGCCAUUAUCUGGCUGAUGAAGUUAAGUACGUUCAUAAUGGCUGUCCCAUAUUAAAGGAGGACACUGUCAAGCUUCGACUGUACAGAUUCACCGUGUCGGAGACGCACGUCGAAGUGUUCUCCCUCCAUGUGGUCAUCAUGGAACCCGACUGCAACAUCAUCAAGCUGGGGCCCAAAUCCCUGCAAGUCCCGGAAUUCUACGGCCUGUCCAACAUUCUGGAUGGGAACACCGUGUCUUUCAACUACGAGAAGCAAACCAGCCUGGAGUGCAGCGUCCGUGUGACCAGCCACGAGUCGCACCUCCCAGGACACGGUCAGCUGGUGACUGGAGAGCCUGACCUGCCGUCCAUCAGAGGAGACGAGCCUGAGAGCUUUAUCACUCUGCACCAGCAACAUGACAAUAAAGCCAGAGCUAAGUGUAAGGCGGAUGACUGCUUGAAGGGACUAAAGCUGGUGAAGGUCACCAAGGUUACGUGUGAUGAGUUCCUGGUCAUGGGCCUGAGGUACCAGCACAUAGACCCCCCAUCCCCUGACAUCGAUUACAUCACCAUCAGGCUGGAUCUCACUGACAGCAGGAGUGGAAGCAUAUACCAGUCAGAGCGUGCCUGGAUCCCCGUCUUGAUAUCGGGCGCCAUUCCCAACCAGCCCCCCAAGCCAGCGUUCAUGUCCAUGUUCAUCCUGGAGGUGGACCAGUUCAUCCUCACCCCCCUCUCCACCGCCACCGUGGACGCAGAAGACGGGGAGACGCCGAAGCAGCUCCUGGUGUUCAACGUCACCAGGCCCCCGGCCGAGGGCUUCAUCACCCACCUGUCUGACCACACCAAGCCCGUCUCCUCCUUCACCUGGCUGGACCUCAACGACAUGCUCAUCUGCUACCAGCCGCCCAACUCCUCUCACACGCAGCGCAGGAACUACGAGGUAGAAUUUGAAGUUUAUGAUUUCUUCUUUGAAAAAAGCCCACCAAUCGUGGUUCACAUGUCAGUGAGGACGGCAGACACCAAUGCACCCAGGGUGUCCUGGAACAUGGGUCUUAGUCUUUUGGAGGGCCAAUCUCGUCCAAUCACCUGGGACCAGCUCCAGAUUGUAGACAAUGACAACUUGAGGGCUGUGCGCAUCAUUACAGUGGACGGGCUACAGCACGGAAGGCUGACCUUGCGAGGUGGCAAGGGCUUCAUGUUCACCAUCGACGACAUCCGAGCUGGCGCGGUGCGCUAUCACCACGACGACAGCGACACCACGAAGGACUUCAUCGUCUUCCGCAUCACCGACGGGCGCCACCAGACCAGGCACAAGUUCCCCAUCAACAUCCUCCCGAAGGACGACAGCCCGCCCUUCCUCACCACCAACAUGCUGCUGGAGCUGUCGGAGGGCCAGACGGCCCUGCUCCGGGGAGCGGUGCUCCAGGCCUCGGACAUGGACUCCAGCGACGACUACAUCCUCUACAACAUCACCCGUCCGCCGCAGGCUGGGGAGAUCAUGAAGCUUCCUGGUCCAGGCCUCACAGGCUUCCCUGUCCACCGUUUCCUGCAAAAGGACCUGUUCCACUCGGUGGUCUACUACCGACAUCUUGGGGGCGAAGUGUUCCACGACUCUUUUGAGGUGGUGCUCUCCGACUUCCAUGACCCGCCCAACCUCUCAGAGCCCCAGGUUAUUCUGGUGCACAUCAACCCAGUGCCUGACCAGCCCCCUAAAGAGGUUCCUGGUGUGUCCCGUUGUCUGGUCGUCAAGGAGACAGAGGUUGUCCACCUGACUAAAAAGCAGCUCCACUUCGUGGACGUGGAGUCUCCCGACAGUGAGCUCACGUUCACGGUCACCAGUCCUCCCUUCUACACCGGCUCCUCCAGGAAUCCCGACGCAGGAAGACUGUUCCUCGUGGACAGCGUCCCCAAAUUCACCAAAGAUUCCAACGCUCCUGUGCUCAGGUUGUUCACACAGCAUGCAGUCAACUUUUUGAAAGUAGCGUACAUGCCUCCCGUCCUGGACAUCGGCCCAUACGCUCAGCACAUCCAGAUGAUACUUUCUGUCACCAAUCAGCAAGGAGGCACGGUCACCGGCAUAUGUUUCAACAUCACUGUGAUGCCUGUUGAUAACCUGGCUCCAGAGGUGAUCCUGAGUCCCCUGGCUGUGAAGGAGGGAGAGGAGAGCCCGCUGGGCUCGGAGCACCUCUGGCUGGCGGACCGGGACUCCCUGGAGGAGUCCUUAAGGGUGGAACUGAGAAAGCAGCCCCAGCACGGAGCGCUCUCGCUGGACGGCUUCCCCAUGGCCCCUGGGCAAGCCUUCACCCUCCAGCAUCUGAAAACCCUAAAAGUUAGGUAUCGUCACGACAGCUCUGAGACUGUGGGAGACGACAUUGAGUUCACAGCUACUGACGGCACCAAUGCUAUCGGCUUUGUUUUGCACGUCGAUGUGGAACCAGUAAAUGACGAGUUGCCAGUUGUCAUGCCUGGCUUGAAACCAGAUCUCGGCUGCGCAGAGGGACAAGACGUUAUCAUCACAGCAGAGUACAUUUAUGCCACAGACACGGACAGUGACGACAACGGUCUGACCUACCUGAUUGCGCGUCAGCCUUACCACGGAGUGGUCCGCAAAAACAGCGUUGUGGUGGAUCACUUCCAUCAGGAAGAUAUCAUCGCUGGAGUGAUCACCUAUAAACACACCGGUAAUGAAAUUGGACUACUUCCCCGUCAUGACACCAUUACCUUCAUAAUAUCUGACGGAGAGGUGGACAAUCAUUCUUUCUGCUGCAAGAACAGAGGAGAUGUUCCGACCGACCUCAAGCAGAGCCUGCCUGUUUACGACCUCAAAGUCACAGUGUAUCCUGUGGACAAUCAGCCACCUUCCAUUAUUACCGGGGAUGUGUUCGUGGUGGAUGAAGGUGGUUCAGCCCCCGUCACCCUGGCCCAUCUCAGCGCCUCGGAUAAAGACACCAGUCUGGAAGAGCUGGUGGUCAGCCUGGUCUCUCCUCCUCAGUUUGGCUACAUCGAAAACACCCUGCCCAGUCCCGGCUUUGAGAAAAGCAACUUGGGCAUAAGCAUUGCCUCCUUCUCCUACAGGGACCUCCUGAACGGCCAUGUGAACUAUGUGCAGUCCAGACACCAGAGGAUGGAGCCCACCGCUGACCAGAUGAUGCUCUGCGUGUCUGACGGCAAGCACGACUCCGCCCACGUUCCCUUCUACAUCAUCGUCAGCCCCACCAAUGACGAGGUCCCUGAGUUUAUCGCUAGGAACAUCACCGUGAACGAGGGCCAGGUGAAGGAGCUGGACCCUACUUUGAUAAAUGCGUCGGACCUGGACGUCCCUAAGAACGAGCUGCUGUUCAGCGUGGUGCAGCCUCCCAGGCACGGGGCUGUCAUGAGCCAUGCCCUCGGCCACGGAGCCCCGCCCGCGGCGAGGUCGGCCCAGCGCCGCAGCGCCGCAGGGGUGGUGGUGCAGGACUUCACCAUGUCGGACCUGAGGAACGGUAUGGCUCUGAUGUACAAGCACGAUGACACUGAGAACAUGGAGGACAGUUUCACCCUCCAGCUGAGCGAUGGGAAACACAGUCUCCAGAGGAGGGUGAUGGUCAGAGUGCUUCCUGUCAAUGAUGAGGAACCACAAGUGAUCAGAAAUACUGGUCUGGAGGUGGAAGCUGGGGAGGCCAGACUGAUAUCCAGCGCUAUCCUCCUCUCUAAAGACAGAGACACUCCCUCUCCGGAAAUCAUGUACGUGUUUGAGACUGUCCCCACCCAGGGGCUUCUUCAGAUCAAGACGGGCAGUGACUGGGUGACUUUAAGUGCCGGGGAGAGCUGCAACCAGGAGACAGUUGAUAUGAACCAGCUGAGGUACCUGCACACAGGGCCCCUGGGGACCAGCAGUCAGGACUUCUUUGUCUUUCACCUGCUGGAUGGGAAGAAUCGCUCACCUGCUCAGCACUUCCUGAUCUCCAUCAAGGAUAUGGAGAAAGGUAACAUCGCCCUCUUUGUGAAACCUGUUAAAGUCAGUCGAGGAGACCGUGUCGUUCUGACAACCGACGUCCUGUCAGCGACGGAUGGUUCAAACAGCCCAGAGGAGCUGGUUUACACCAUCACCAGAGUCCCCUCUCACGGCCAUGUGGAGUGCAUCAGAAACCCUGGGCUGGCCGUGCACACGUUCAGCCAGAUGGACAUUGCUGCCAACCUCCUGGGUUACGUCCAUGACAACAGAGCCACUUCACCUGUGGAGACUUUCCAGUUUGUCGUCACCAACGGAAAGGCCUCCCGCACUGGCACCCUGGAGAUCGCCGUGGAGAUGGUGGACCGUGUCCUGCCUUCCCUGUCUCGUAACAGCGGACUGAACAUCCCUCAGGGUUCCUCCAUGGCUGUGACCCCCGACGUCCUGGCCCUGUCCGACCCCGACACCUCGCCCAGCCACCUCUACUUCCUCCUGACCCAGGCCCCACAGUACGGACACCUGCUCCUCGCUGGCACCCCGCUCUCCGCCAAGUCCAACUUCACUCAGAAAGACUUGGAGGAGCUGGAUGUGGUUUAUAAGCACGAUGGCGGACAGGCGCAGAUAGACCGCUUUGCCUUCUCUGCUUGUGAUAGCACGGACAGGGGCUUUCUGCUGGAGGGGAAAGUGCACACAGAGCCUGUCUUCUUCACCAUUCAGAUUAAGUCGUUGGACAGCUCUGCUCCUGAGAUCAAGCAGCUCCAGACACUGUGGAGGGCAGAGCUUCUACCCGGCCACCGUUACGGGAUCUUCCUGACGUCCCGGGAGCUGAGGGCACAGGACGCCCACUCGCGAGAGGAAGACAUCACCUUCCACAUCCUCCGAGCGCCCUACUUUGGCUACCUGGAGAACACUAGCACAGGAGGAUUUGUCCGGCAGCAUUUCUCUCAGAGGGACCUGAGCAGGAGGGUCAUCGUCUAUGUGAUUGAUCCAACGCAGGAAGCCCUGUCUGACAGUCUGGAGUUCAGAGUGUCAGAUCCUCUGGGAAACACCGGACCCUCCCACACACUGGAGUUGCGCUGGUCUCGUGUUGAGCUGUCUGGGUCUGAGUACUGCGUCUGUGAGGGUCAAGGAUCCGUUUCCCUUGACAUCCUGCGUAGCGGCAACACAGAGGAAUCCUCAUACGUCACCAUCAAGGUGAGUGAGAUCUCAGCAACUUCUGGAAAAGAUUUCCUAUUGAGCCCCUCCAGCUUAAUCCAGUUUGAUCCUGGAGUGUCCAGAAGGAGCUGGCAGAUUGAGGUGGUUCAGGAUCAUCUGGAGGAGGCAGAGGAGACGUUUGAUGUGACACUAGAGUCUCCUGAAGGCACAGUUCUGGGCCACAUCUCCAAAGCCAAAAUCACCAUCAAGGACUUUGGGAAAGGACGGUGUCGGCAGGCGGAGGCUCCCGUCGGGCCCAGUCUGGGAGGGCAAGAGGCUCAGGAUGGGCCCUACCCCCAGCAUGGCUCCAUCCAGCUGGAGACCCUGCCCCUCGAUAGCCUGGUCCUGGAGACCCUGACCCGGGGUGACGGCAUGUCACAGCCAGAGCCCAUCGAGUCCAAGAAGAGACUCAGAGCCACAGGCAACAGAAACACUAUUAGACCAUCGUCAGUUCAUCGCAACGGGACGGACACUGUGUACACUUACCAUGGGAUCAUGUCACUUCAAGUGGAGGAUGAAACAUCGCUGUCCAGGAAGGGUCGAAAAGUGAACGUGCAAGUCACCAGCAGGGGGCAGCAACAGCCACAACAAGCAGUGCCCAACUCUAACCAUGCACCUGUCCCUCAAAUAAAGGUUAUCAGGAAUGGAAAAUCUGCUCAGCCCACUGGGAAAAAGAGCCCUCGGGGCAGCUCCAGCCCUCGGGGCAGCUCCAGCCCUCAGCCCUGCAGUCCUGAGUUGAUGGGCCUGCUGCUCCUCAACCAGACCACCCGCCAGCUCACUCGCUGCAACGGGGUCUCCUGGAGACCAUGGACACCCACAGAUGAGAUGGUCAGCGCUCAGUCCUGCCCUGCAGGCUGGAGCUAUCACAGCGGCUACUGCUACUUCCAGAGCGCCAAACGCAGAUCCUCAUGGUCCGCUGCUGCCAGAGCAUGCAGGGAGAGCCACCGAUCCAAUCUUGUUAGUGUUCUCUCCAAGGCUGAUCUGGACUGGCUGUGGGAUUUCAGUGGAAGGAAACCAUUUUGGAUAGGUCUGCACGACAGGGAGAGCCGCGGGCGGUGGGAGUGGGUGGGAGGAGAGCCCGUCAGCUACACCAACUGGAGGAAGACCCCACCCAGAUCUAAGAAGAAGAGCAGUAAGAAGUGUGCCCUGGUGUGGAAGAGAGCCAAGUGGCAAAUCAGAGACUGUGAAACAGGCAGGGCUCAUCACUACGUGUGUUACACCAAGCUGUGAGCUGGUGAGGGUGGACAAUAAGAAGCACUUUCUCAACAGAACACAGACUAUAUCCUGAGAGGAGGUACAUUGUCACCAGCAACUGUACUUAGCUACGUUGUAUGCCCCUCUUCACGUUUGGCAAAUAUGCUAUCUUGAAAUGCUUAAACGGGCAAUGCUUGCGACCAAUAUGCUUUAUUUAUCCUUACUCGUUUGGUACGGCUGCAUUGGUCGUCUUAAUGUUAAUAAGUUAUGUAAUACAUGUGUAAUCUUG